CCGAGCCAUGGCCGGACAGCUCGUCCUCCCGGGGAGCAGAGCAUUCCCCGGCCGAGCAUGAGACGGUGGCGAGGCAGACGCGAGGCACAGACCUGUUAACAUUCGGUUCAGGCGCGGGCGAGCGGCUGCGGGGAGAAAACCUUCCCCUUUCAUGGCAGCGGGAGCUGCGGAUGCAGUUUUGAGCUCAAAGGCAAGACGUGCGCUGCUGUAAGGAACAUCCCCUGCCUUUGAGGUUGCUGAAAAGUGCCUUUCCUGAAGCCACCGCUGCUUGGAUUUCUGUCUAGGGCUGCCUCUCUCUGCCCCUCGCCCCCCCUCUCUGUUUAAUUCGGCGUUGCUUGCAGUCCGUGCCCUGACGGCGGCUCCUCCAGCCUUGCCCUUUUUUUUUUUUUUCUCCCCAUUUACACGCAGUUUGCUCAGCCAUUUUAUUUUUUUCCCUUCCCCUGACUAUGUAGCAAAUAUUUAAAAGAAAAGAAGGAAAGAGAGGAAAAAAAAAUCAGACAUCCUUUUGCCUGUUUUCAUGCUCGCGAACCGUAAUUUUUAGAAGCAAGAAAUAGAAGGAAAAAAAAAAACCCGAAGUUUUCUCCCUAAGGACCGAGACCAUUCCACAAACUGAAGUGCUGCCAGCAGCAUAUGCUUUUUGCAAGAAUAAUUGAAACCAUUAACUGGAGAGCACAGAAUUCUUUUGAAAGUCUGCCAGUUAUUUGCAAGUAACUUUGGCAGUGGCACAAAAUAUAACACUUGUAUUUUAACUUCUACAAUUGCACUUUUAGGAGCUGGCCUCUAAUUUGAUUUUCAGUUGUUCUGAUAAGAUUUCUAUUUUAUGAUUGGCUUUAUGUUUAAUUCUUGUUUAAAGAAACACAAUUUGACUUAAAUGAAAACCUAAGUGCUGAUGAAUAGGAGUUCUACCAAAGCAACAAGUUAGUUAUUUCUUCACGUUUAACUUGAAUUCACUUUUUUACCCUUUUUUUAAAAAAAAAAAGAAGAAACAAAAAAGAUCAGCAGCGAAUAUUACCCUGAGGAAGGGUGCGAUUGCUUGCAUUUUAAUUUUUGUUUUUUAAUAUGGCUGUAAACGUUUCCCUGGUCCGUGAUACAAAAUGGCUGACGUUAGAAGUGUGUCGAGAGUUUCAGAGAGGUACUUGUUCUCGGUCUGAUGCAGAGUGCAAGUUCGCCCAUCCGUCACGGAGUUGCCAUGUGGAAAAUGGUCGAGUUAUUGCCUGCUUUGACUCCCUAAAGGGCCGGUGUACCCGAGAGAACUGCAAAUAUCUCCACCCUCCCCCACACUUAAAAACACAACUUGAAAUAAAUGGACGCAACAACCUGAUCCAGCAGAAGACGGCCGCAGCCAUGUUUGCUCAGCAGAUGCAGUUCAUGCUCCCGGGCGCGCAGCUACAGCCAAUUACAACAUUUCCUGUGACUCCAUCGCUUGCAACAAGCCCCACGAUGGCUUUUAGUCCCUACCUGAGUCAUGUUUCUCCUGGGAUGGGCUUGGUUCCUGCAGAGCUUUUACCAAAUACUCCUGUCCUGGUUUCCGGAAAUCCCACUGUUACAGUACCAGGAGGCUCUGCCGGGCAGAAACUGAUGCGUACGGAUAAACUGGAGGUUUGUCGAGAGUUUCAGCGUGGAAAUUGCACACGUGGUGAGAAUGAUUGCCGCUAUGCUCACCCUAUAGAUAUUGCAAUGAUAGACACAAAUGAAAAUACUGUUACAGUUUGCAUGGAUUACAUCAAAGGUCGAUGCUCUAGGGAGAAAUGCAAGUACUUUCAUCCCCCUGCACACCUGCAAGCCAAAAUCAAGGCAGCUCAACACCAGGUGAACCAGACAGCUGCAGCUGCAAUGGCCCUGCCGCCUGGUGCACUUCAACCUUUACCAAAGAGGCCAGCACUUGAAAAAAACAAUGGUGCCACCACAGUCUUUAACCCAAGCGUUUUCCACUACCAACAGGCUCUAGCCAACAUGCAGUUGCAACAGCCUACAUUCAUCCCCACAGGGUCAGUUCUGUGCAUGACACCCACUGCAAGCGUUGUGCCCAUGAUGCACGGUGCUACGCCCACCACUGUGUCUGCAGCAACAACUCCUGCCACCAGCGUCCCCUUCGCUGCAACAGCUACCGCCAAUCAGAUAUCCCAGUUAUCAGUAGAUGAACUGAGUAGCAGCAUGUUUGUUUCACAGAUGUAGAAGUUCCCGAUAGAACACAGACCAUGUUGAAAUUCUGAACAGUAAAAUUAUGGAGCACCAGGACUUCUUGGUGGGAAGCUGCGCAUGGCCUUUCUGUAUAUAUCCCCUCCUCCCUCUAUCGUUCUCUACCACCUCUACAGUAAGCCUGUUGCAGCCUACAUGUUAACCAAAAACUGAUCAAUGGGAAUGUCAAAAAAAAAGAAAAAAAAAAGCACUAUAGAAACAAUUAACAAACAGCGCUCUGUUAUAUGAGAUAUACAAGUAGGAAAUUAUAAUAGACUUUUAUAACACAUUACUUUAACACACUUAAUCAUUUUAUGACUACCAUCCUGAUAAGUGCAUCUGCACAGCGGACUGUUGGUUUACUGUAUACUAUCGAUGGAUAAAUGUUUGUCUUGUUUUUAAAGUGUUAUCUUACUGUUUUGUUUACAUCAUAGUCUAUUGAUUUGUUUUAAAGUGUACAUCAUUAUCAAGUAUACUCAAUACCAUUUUUUCAUUAUUGUUAUGUCUUAAGUUUUCAUAUACUGUAGGUUUUAUGGGGUUUUGUUUGUUUUUUACUAAAAAUGUUAUUGUGGGAAACAGGAAUUAUGUGCUUGAAAAACAUGACACAGGAAUGUUCUGCCCUUUGCUGGAUUUUGCUGUUAAUGUCAGCUAAAGUUGCUUGUGUUAAAUGUUCCUUUUAUCAUUUAAAAUUUGCCUUCAAAUAGUCUCCAAAUUUUUAGUACAAGUGAUAUGAAAGGACAGCUGUCAUUUUAGUCCAGCUCAGGGUAUUCCUUUCAGUACAGUGAGCUGAUUCUGGAAACUUUUGGAAAAAAAAAAAAAUACGCCACAAAACCCCAGGCUCAGUAAGGGGACAGGGACAAUUUGCUCAGACAGGGGAAAGCAUCAAGGGAUUUCUGCAGCUCUGUUGUCCAUUGAAGUGCAUUCUCAGCUGAACACGGCGCACAAUCUCUCUCGCUGUUCUCAUGGUGCAGUCAAAACAAACAACAGAAAAAAGGUGGUGAUGUGAGACAGCUUCAGUUGGGCAAAACCUCAUUGCAUUGGAGAGGAGCAGAUGCCAUCCUUUAGCUGGAGUGGGCCCAGAGCCACGGCUCAGCCCAGACUGGGCAGUACCAAGCCCUGGGGCUUGUCUCCACCAAGCAUGCUGAAACAUUUCGGCCUGAAAUCUCCUGUGUCUCUUCUUCAGAUUUUGUCAGCAUGCACCAUUUAUUUAAUCACCAUUUUCCAUAAGUGGGUGAUAUUUUUCCUCCGUGAUCUCUGGCCCUUUAAAGCAAACACAGCAGUAACAAAGCAGGAAAAAGCUCGGCAUAAGCUUUCUGCCGUAGAUAAACAUUUGUCUUAAUGGAGCUCCUGUAGGUCAGUGGAUGUAUUUUGGCACCUUCUACUUGAUCAAGAGCAAUGUUUGCUGCACAACAAGGGCUAGUUCUCAAUACCUCCUUUUCAUACGCACGAAUUAAACCAUUUCAGCCCAUGCACCCUGGACGGCCCAGCCUGUCGUUAUGCUGCGUUGCUGAACAAUCUGGCUGCAGAAUGCAUUUUGGUUGAGGAUACCACCAAAUUCAUCCCUGUCAUAGCUCUACAGUAUCAUUGGCAUUAUGGAAGAAAUGGAUUUGCUGCUGUAAAUCCACAAACUCCGUGCAAGGAGAAAGAGAAUUGUCAUUGAAACCAAGCAAGAGGCCAACUCCCAGUGUUUGGAGGGCCACCGACCCUGAGCUCACAGUGAUCCUGUAGAGUGCCAAAUUCUGUCAACCACAUUUUCUCCUCUUUUUCAAAUUCUUUGUCCUGAUUAGAGGUUUUCCUUGCCCCGUCUCCUCCAGUGUGAGCUCAGAUAGUUUGCUAGAUUUGUAUCUCCAUGGGCCACAAGUGAUAGAGGGCCAUUUAGGGUGCACCCUGUGUGCCCCAGAGCAGGCUCUGACCAUCUGCCCGUGAAGACUCAUUCAUAACAUGAACCUUUGAAGAGCCCAGCUCAGAAAGGCCUUGAGCCAGAAGGAAUCUCUCUGUUCACUUCAGCAGACUUUGAACCAAACCCUGAGAGAGGGGGGGGAAAAAACAUGCCCCCAAGACCUCCUUUUGGACCCAUUGUUUUGACAGUCGCUUGUGUCUGUAGAUGUUCCCCAGCCAUCUGCGCACAAGCAGCCUGAAAUCAAUGACUCUCAUUUGUAUUGGCAACCACAUACCUGUUCUUUUCACCACUGAGUUUCUGUUUCCCAAAACCAUAACAUUGUUAGUGGAAAAAGUGGAUUUGAGUACUUCCUGUUUGAAAUUAUUUGUGUAUCAAAAAUGGGUUUUGCACAACCUGUGCCAGUGCCUCAACAAAGAACAGAGCUGAUCUUCUUAAGCCAGAAAGGAUGCAUUCAAGCUUGUAUGGCUUUAUGAGUUCAAGGAGGUUGAAAUUUUUUCAGUGCUAAAUGGAUUUUUGUAUAUCUUGACACUUUGAUGUAACCUCCUGUUUUAUUUAUCGACUUAAACAUCUGGCAUAGAUGUGCAUAGAAUGUAAACCUAGAAUACAGCUGUUUUCAUGUCACAUUUAAAGCACUGAAAAAAAAGCGCGUUUAAGGAUUAUUUUUUAUUAAAGAGGUCCAAUGAGGGAUGUUCAGGGUAGUUAUAUUAGGUGCCACAACAGUUUUUAUAUUGCUGGCAAAUUUAGUGUUAAUUUGUAAAUGAGUUUAAGGAAAGAAAAGCUUGAAGCACUAAACUUCACCAAAUUCAAAACAAUCUCGGCAAAAAUGCCAUUUGAGGUAGCACUAUUUAAACUAGUUGUGCAAUGACUUGCUCUAAUUUUCUUUGUUCAAGAAAGAAAAGAAAAAAAAAACAGUCGCCAGACUAUAAAUUUCCUAAAUAGACUAUUACAAAGUCACAGAGCUAGUUAGUGACUCUAAACAAAUGUCAUAAAAGCAUGAAUAUCAUCCUUUAUUUGACAAGAGAUGUAUGUAAGUUUGUUUAAAUCGAUAUAAUUUUAGUGACAUUUUUAUAAGCUUCCCACUUUCCAUGAACCUAUAUUUUUUAUUUAUCCAAAGUUAUUUCUCUUUGUCCAUUUCUCUCAGCCUUAUGCAAACAAUAUGCAAGAAAUGCUGAAACUUGGAUAAAACGGGUCAUGCAGAGGGAAAAUGAAAGCUGAGAUUGAUCAUUUUCACGAGAAAAGGUUGUUAGUAGUUUCAAUAAAAAGUACUACUACUAAACUGUAACAUAAGCAGACAAUAAAAGAGGGAUUUAAAAUAAAAUGGAUUCAUAAAACUAUUAAGAUUAUUUUUGUUAAAUACAGUGUUUUUAGUAAUUUGGAACAUGAUUUCACAAUCAGCCGUGUUUUUUAGUUGGAAAUUUCUAGCUGAUGAUUUUUGACUGUGUAUUUUUGCAUCGCAAUGUUCUAGAAACCAUUACCUCCCUUGGCCAGCCCGCGCGGGCCCCCUUCCCGAGCACUCCGACGCGCUUCUCCUCCCUGCCAUCCUUCCUCGCUGUCCCGCACCGUGCUCGGAGUGUUCCUGAAGGGCAGCACGGCCGGGCUGGCCGCCCACCGCAGGUAUUCCGGGUUCCCGGGUGGGUCCUCCCGCCGGAGCCGGGACCCCCCGCGGAGGCGGCGCUGGAGUUGGGUGUGUGUCGUGGGCGCAGUGGCCGGAGGAGGAGACGCGUGUGCCGGCGAGAUGUCGAGAUGUCCCCUCCGCCCCGCGGGCCGUGGCUGGCGCGGUAGAGUAGCUCUAGGACACGCGGGUACACAACGAUUGAGAAACUGGAGUCCUCGUUUUGUUUAUCCCUUGUACAUUUCACAGACAUGAAAAUUGAAAAAGGUGAAAUUUAUGAGGAAAAUCUAAUUUCCCAUUCCUGUUGAAUGGAUUUAGUUUGAUAUUGACCUGAUUUUACCAUGUGCCUGUUGAAGGCCUUAGAGUAUAUACUGUAUGUUAAAGACUGUAAUAACUUUAAAAAAAAAAUAGUUGAUAGCCUAAUCCAAAUGUAAAUAGAGCUACAACACAUUGUUACUAGGCUACAACACAUUAAUUCAUGUCAUAUAUUUUCAUUUCUCUAUCAUUAGUUUUUAAGGUUUUCAUUAUUGCUUUUUUUGAUAUCUUUAGUAACUAAUGAAUUUAAUUUUGAAGGAGAGUUAGAGAAAGUUUAAAAUUUUUAAUACAUGUAUUCAGCCCAUUUAGUUAUAUUCUAAACCAACACUGAAGCAUGGUAAGGUAUAGAAUACAGUCCAUAACUAGUUUGUAUAGUUUACAGUUUAAGAACAAAAUUAACUUUGUAUGUAACUCCUACAAUGAUAGAUUCAUUGUUAACUAAUUAUAUUAAGUUGUUGUUGCUAUGGCAACAAAACUACAACAUGGCUACCUUUGUAUACAUUAUUUGUGAAAUUUUCACAUGUAAAUUAAAAGUGAUGUGUAACAGUAUGAGCUUGUUAAAGGUACAGUUCGAUACUGUCAGAUAAAGAUAUGAUUGAAUAUUUUUAAAAUCCCAAAGUCCCAUGUGAACGCUGAAUUUGUGUCUUUAAGGUCACUUUUUCAGUCAAGAAGUUUACAACACAUGGAUUUAGAGUCAGGUUUUAUAGCUUGUAGAAAUUGUUGUGUGGCAAGGGUUAUUCCACAGUAUUUUCACUUCGGAAACAUGGCAGCCUGUAUUUACAACGUAGUGACCGGUCUUGCUUUCAUUUCACAUUCAUUCACACAGUGGAAAUUCAGAAUUAAUCCGUUUCAGUACUGUAGCUUUGCCUGCAAUUUUCUUUUUUUCCAGAAAUUGAGCAGUCACAUGAUUACGUUAUGAUCAGGGCUAAAUAAUUACACAUAUAACUAUUUUAAUACUAAUUUAUAUUAGCAAAAACUGUACAUAAGAAAAAAAAUAUUGUGGAAUGACCCCGUAACAGUGUUGAAGAUACAAAUAUGCUGCAGUUAAACUGAUUCAGUUAGUGUACGAAUGUGUGAGACACACCUUUUUUGCACUUAUGUACAUAGUCCACGAAAGAAAUCCUUGGAACUUAUUUUGAAUAUAAAAAGUCUGUAAUAAUACAGGAAAAGUUUGUAAAAGAGAUAGGUAUUACUAAGGCUUUGAAAAGGAGGAGUUUUUUGCUAUAAAACUUAUCUGAAAGCAUGAUGUUGCUUUGCUGUUGUAAAAGCUUUGUAGUUUGCCAUAGCUUAUUAUACAGCAGACUGAUAACAGGUCAGCUCCAACCUGCAGCACAGAGAAUGGGAAACAGUGUGGAAUUAAUUAGUAAGGUCACUAGCAAAGAUUCAAAUUACUUUUUUUAAUCAGCCUACAUUUUCAAACACACCCCAGGUCAUGUUUCUGAUAGGUUGUGUUCUCGGUGAAUCCUAUUAGGACCGCUAGGUCCAUGGCAGCACACACAUAUUUUUCCUAGCACCUAAUCCUAUUUCUUGCUGGAACUGUUUGUCUGUGGGAGGUGACUGUCACUGUGGCGAGUGUUUUAAAUCCCAGCAGGAAUUUGAGAUGUCACAACUUACCGAUUUCUCUCUUUUAACCUUUUGGUGUGAGGUAUCAAAACGGAAGGGACUGGUGAGCAGUGGAUGGACAGGGAUGGAUUGGGAUUGUCUGGGGCCAGUUCCCUCUGCUGUACAACAGCCGUGGUGUUCCUUUGAGAGGCACACAGCAGUGCUGCCAAUGGCGCUGCUGGGGGCGUUGGGACAGGGAGGUGGAGGCUGAUGGCAGUGUGGCCACGGGAUGCUCCAGGCUGGGGUUAACAAGCCCCUUUGAGUUGCUACCACCCACAGCUGUGGGCCCCCAGCCCAGCCUGCUGAGCAGCCUCGUGUUCCUGUUUGUGUUGGUACUGCCGGGGCUCUGCAGUACCAGGGGAUUUUGAAGAAGCUGAAGCGCCUGUGUUGACCCAUUUAUUUUUGAUUGGAACAAGUUCAGGUUUUUGUUGGAUUUUUUUUUUAUUUUAUUUUUUAUUUUUUGGCAAAACGCAAGUCCCAGUUUUGCUACAGAAGUCGCUGGUUUUGCCACGAGGCUGGUUUUGACUAAAGCAAUGAACUGAGUCCUCCAGAGCAGAACCAGUGGGUGGUGGCACCCGACGUCACUGUCUCCCUUUCCCACCCACCCCAGGGUUGGUGGCUGAGCUGUCACUGCCAAGUGCAAGACCCACUCUUCAGCCAGCACUCCUGGCACCUCGGAGGUUCCUGUCUCCUGGCGAUGCCAACCCUCACUGCACCACGGGGUUGUGUUGGUGAGUGGUUUGUUGAGUCAGAGUUGUGACAUCGUGCAGCCCCGGGGUCUUAAAAACAGGGAAAAAUCGGAUGUUGCCUCUCUUUGUGGUGUUGUGAUAACCUAGAUUUUAAUACAAAAUAAUCAGAUAGUUCUACCCCCAUGUUAUUAAGGCUUCCCUUUGCUGUAAUCAAUUUCUGUAAUCAAGCUCUUUCUCAUUUCUAGGAUCGUGAGAGAAAAAUAUUUUGCACUAUGCGAAAUGAAUCAUAGCUGGUCAGACUUCGUUGGGGUAUGAGCAUGAUCAUGAUAACACUGCUUAAAUCUUUGCUAGUGAUCUUUACUGACAUCCUCUAUCAUCAAAAAUAACUCUAUCUGCCUCUCAAAGGAGAUAUUUAAACAUGCAAAAAUAACACAACUCUUAAAUAAAAUGAAGUUAUUUUUCCAGACACACAACAGAGAGAAUUACCUGACACCGAAUUACAAGGUUCCAGUUCUUUAUUACUGUACACAGAUGCUAUUUGAUAGUGGUGGAAGCCAAAUGAUUUUGUUGCCAUGGCUUUUGUAUCCUAGCAGAUGAGGGGAUGAUAAGACCAUUCUUAGAUUGGAUUAUGGGAUUUUUUUUUUCUUUCGAUUAGCUUUGGUUUUAUUAUAUUUUUAUUUUAGAUCAUGAAAAUGAACCAACUCCCCACCCUUUAUUAUAUCACCUGACAACAGGUCACUAUUUUUUUUUAUAAAUAGAGAAUUGUAUUUUAGGCAAUCACUAAAAUCAAAGAGAGAAUGUUCUCCUAAAUUGUUAAUUUUUAAUUUAAAUAUAUAAAAACAUUUAUACUGUACUGUGUAAAGUAGAUCUUUGAAGCACAUUCUUCUUUUCAUAGGCAUUUCUGGUAAAACAAAGUAAGGGAAACAUUAGAUAUCAAUUUAAUGGUAUAGUUUAGAAAAUAUAUACAAAUGAUUACACUUAGCCCUGUGGAAUUGUAAGAAAUUAAAAUAUCAUUGGAUCCAGACAGGCGUAGGUUAAUGCAAUAUUUCAGUUCCAUAACACAAUAGUUCAUUCCCUCAACUGCUACCAACAGGGUGUACGCUUUGAAUUUAUUUUUCUUUUUGCCACAUUAUAUUGCUGUAGUGCUUGUACGUGCUUUAGAAAUGUGCAUAAUGCUACUCAUUUUAGUAUGUUACUUCUAUAUUGUUAUUGUUUAUUUUUUGAUCUUUUAAUAAAGUGUAUAAAAUUCUUGGUUAUGUUUUUUAUGGAUCCAUAUCUACACAUUAAUAGGAGUUUACUUUAAAAACUUUUCAAGUUCCAGUUUAUUAGUCCCAAACUUCAAAGAUUCUGAUGUAAAAAUAAUAACUAAUGAAUUUGAUUCAAUGUUGUAUCUAAAGUGUAGAUCAACAGAAUAAAUUUCUUUCCAGAAAAUACCUUCAGUAUUUUGAAUUCUGUAGCCAGUGCCUCCUUUUUACCGGAUGCAUUCGGCCUAUCAUAUUAAAGUUACUAACACAAGACAGACAUUUGUAUUUUAGAAAAAUAAAAAGUAAAACUUUCCA